AUGCUGCGCCGAUUGCUUCCAACUACAUGGACCGCGGGGUUUCCUGCAGCACUCCUUAGCAAUAGUUACCGUGUCACAGGCGGCUCGUGUCUGCGCCGCGUGGGUGACUGGCAGCCACGCACAAAACAGCGCCACCGCUUCUCAAAGGCGUCCAUGAUGGAAAGCUGCGAGCGACAUCAACGGCAGAAGAAGAUGGCAGCGCUGCGGCAGCGCGCUAACGAAGAACAUGGCCUGCAGCAGCGACAACGUGCACAGCUGCGGCGACGGUGCGACCGCACGGCGGCCGCCUUAAUUCAUGGCGCAUCGAAGGGGUCAUCGGUCUCUGCGACAAAUGCGUUAGCGACUGCGCGACACCUUCUCACGCUGCAGGAAGCGACGCGCAAGGCGAUGACAGGUGGCAAGAAAGGACGCACGGCAAUGUUCGUCAGCGACAAGAAGUGGCAUGGAUGA